UGGAAACCACGCAUGAUGGUGGUCAGUAAGAAUAACGCGUGGUUCAUUUGUGGUGGAGUGGGUUUGGUGGUGUUUGGUGGUGUGUUAAGUGGUUUGUGGCAAGGGUUGUUCUUUUCACAAAUAAAGAAGAUGAUGAUCCUAGCGGACGGCUCAACAUCCUUCUACAUCUGGCGUGACAUCCCCAUCCCAAUGUAUCUUGAGUGUUUUUUAUUUAACAUCACUAAUGUGGAUGACAUCCUGGCGGGGAAGAAUGUUACCAUACACGUACAACAGAUGGGGCCGUAUGUGUUUCGGGAAAUACGGAAAAAGGUUAAUAUAACAUGGAAUGAUAACAGUACAGUGACGUUCAAGAACCAAAGGACUUGGCAUUAUCAUCCGGAGAUGUCGAAUGGAAGUCUGUCGGAUAUGGUGACCAGUAUAAAUCCGAUUAUUGUGACGAUCGCCUACGCGCUACGCAACGAACGCGUGAUGCUACGAAUCUUCGUAGACAUGGUUAUGAAGAUGGUCCAUACAAAUAUGUUUAUGACUGCCAAUGUAUCGUCGUGGUUAUUUGACGGUGUUGAAGAUCCGAUGCUAAAUCUUGCUACUAAGAUACCGAAUAUUCCUUAUAAGAUACCGUUUGAUAGAUUCGGGUGGUUGUAUACGCGGAACGGCUCAGCAGAAUUCGAUGGAGUUUUCGUGUCCAACACCGGCGAAUCUGACUUCUUCCAACUGGGGUUGAUUGACAAAUGGCAGCACACGCAGAAGACGGUAUACAGGGACAAAUGUGGCAACCUUGAAGGGUCCACGGGGGAACUGUGGGCCCCCCAGCGGGGACUUGAUGAACUUCGUAUAUUUGCACCUGAUAUUUGCACGCACAUGACUCUAACAGCGGAUGGUCCAGUGACCCACAUGGGGCUUCAGGGCAUGCAGUACAUCGCCAAUGAUUCACUUUUUGACAAUGGAUAUACAUACCCUGAAAUGGCUUGCUACUGUGACGAGCCGCGCGACAGAAACUGCAUACGCGGGGCCCUCAACGUGUCUGCAUGUCGGUUUGGAGCCCCGGCUUUUGUCACUCGACCACAUUUCCUGGACAUGGACCCGUAUUAUCCUAGCAAGAUAGAUGGAUUGAAUCCGGAAAAGAAGCAAAACUUCAAAAUGGCGAUAGAAAUGAACACAGGCAUGCCUUUAUCUAUAUCCGCGCAACUACAAGCCAACGCUUUAGUUAGGCAUAUCCCAGGUAUGAGCCUAAACAACCAGCUACCAGACGCAGACGUGCUUGUGCCAAUGUUCUGGUUCCGUGAAGAAAUUCUAGUCAGCGAGGAAUACGCAAACUUUGCCAAAACUGCACUGAGCGUCAAAUUCGAUACGCCUUACGCGUUUUAUACGCUUAUUAUCAUCGGAUGCUGUCUACUUAUAGUGGGUAUAUGGAGAUACAGACAAAGCAGAUGCAUCUCAAAAGAAAACCACAUAACCUAUGAUUCUUCUGUGAUGCAAUCGUUCCUGAAGAAAAAUGAAACUAGGUAGCAUUUAAAAAAAUUGUUUACGCAGUAAGAGAU